AUGCUUUACCACUGGAUUCUGUCAGCUUUUCUGGCUUUCUCGACGCUGUCAGAGGCGUCGCCUUUGCAGAAAAGAUGCUCCAACCCGCAUCAAUUUCCAGGCAAGCCACAGGGUCAAAAACAAUGCUCUGUGACUAAUGGAUGUCCAAACUUGGACUUUACCUGGAAUGCUAAAAACCAGAACAGAAUGGCCUACGCCAUCUCUAUGAAAUCUGUCAGAUGGGUCAAGGACAACAUAUAUGAGAUCACUAUCCACGUACAAGGUAGCCAACAGAUAAGCAUCAACUGUAUCAACGACUUGAAAAUUAUUGGAAUCAACGGCCCAGAAGGCGGAACUUUCCAGCUUUACGACAGACAACACAAUGUCGAGCUGGUUGACAGUCCAACCGAUUACGACGCUACCUUCAGAGUCUACGGUCAAGAUGACGCCAAUAACUGCAGAACCUGGAUGCCUAACUUCCAAAUUCAAUACGACUACAAUGGACAGUGCGAUGUGCACGGUCCCCAGUCAUUCGACUUGAUCACCGGUUGCAACAAUUACGACAAUCAAGGCCACUCGCAGACCGACGCUCCUGGUUAUUACUGGAACUUGCAAUGCGGUACUUGUCCACCUGUUUCUUCGAAGCCAGCUACGUCCUCUGCCAUGAGCUCCACUCAAAAGGUCUCUUCUUCGGCCUCCAAGCCUCCUUGCUCUACCUCAAAGACUUCGUCGUCCUCAUCUACUCAGCCAACGGUCUCUUCAAGCUCCGUGAGAUCUAUCUCGAGCACCCAAGGAAAGGCAAAGACUACCACGGUCAGCGAGUCUUGCACGACCUACCCAGGAACAACGGAAACCUUCCCUGGUUACACCAGCUGUUACCCUGGUCCAUGCCCUUCCCCACCUAGCUCCGCUUCUUCUUCCAGCUCCGCUCCAUCGAGCUCUGCUCCACACAGCUCUGCUCCAUCGAGCUCCGCUCCAUCUAGCUCUGCUCCACACAGCUCCGCUCCAUCGAGCUCUGCUUCCCACAGCUCUGCUUCUUCUUCCAGCUACGUGCCAUCGAGCUCUGCUCCAUCUAGCUCUGCUCCACACAGCUCUGCUCCAUCGAGCUCCGUUCCAUCUAGCUCCGCUUCCCACAGCUCUGCUUCUUCUUCCAGCUACGUGCCAUCGAGCUCUGCUCCAUCUAGCUCUGCUCCACACAGCUCCGCUCCAUCGAGCUCUGCUCCACACAGCUCCGCUCCAUCGAGCUCUGCUCCACACAGCUCCGCUCCAUCGAGCUCUGCUCCACACAGCUCCGCUCCAUCGAGCUCUGCUCCACACAGCUCCGCUCCAUCUAGCGCUGCUCCAUCCAGCUCUGCUCCAUCUAGCGCUGCUCCAUCCAGCUCCGCUCCAUACAGCUCCGCUCCAUCGAGCUCUGCCCCAUACAGCUCCGCUCCAUCGAGCUCUGCUCCAUCUAGCUCCGCUCCAUCGAGCUCUGCUCCAUCUAGCUCCGCUCCAUCUAGCGCUGCUCCACACAGCUCUGCUCCAUCUAGCGCUGCCCUAUCUUCAAGCUCUGUUGGAUACACCGAGAGUGUCGUUACGGUCACCAAAUCUGGUGUCGAGACUGUUUACACAACUACUUGUCCUCUCAGUGAAGCCACUGGUAAAGUCACCACGGGUUCAUACAGCGAGAAAGCUGCUACUGUUACGGAAUCCGAAUACACUACGUUGGCUCCAGUCAGCACUACCAGCGCAAUUAAAUCUCAACCAACUGCCUUCACGGAGUCCGUUGUUACUGUGACUGAGUCGGGCGUUGUCACUUCUUACACCACGACUUGCCCUGUUGAGGGUGUCACUCAAACCGCUCCAGCUGGCCCUGCUGCCUCUAGUUCAUUUGCUCCUCGAUCAACUGCCUUCACGGAGUCCGUUGUUACUGUGACUGAGUCGGGCGUUGUCACUUCUUACACCACGACUUGCCCUGUUGAGGGUGCCACUCAGACCACUGCUUCCGCUGCUCCAGCUGGCUCUUCCGCUGCUCCAGCUGGCUCUUCCGCUGCUCCAGCUGGCUCUUCCGCUGCUCCAGCUGGCUCUUCCGCUGCUCCAGCUGGCUCUUCCGCUGCUCCAGCUGGCUCUUCCGCUGCUCCAGCUGGCUCUUCCGCUGCUCCAGCUGGCUCUUCCGCUGCUCCAGCUGGUCAAACAUCUUCAAGCUCCUACACAGGAACGGCAACUUUGUCUUCUUACGAAGGCUCAGCUAACUUUGUUAGAGCAGGUUUGCUUCUAGCACUACCUUUGGCUCUAUUGUAA